AUGUCCUCCCAACCCUCCACGUCCGAGAAGAUCAAACAAACCACCAAUUCCGCCCUCGACUCCGUAUCCUCGACGGCCAGCGCCGCAGAUCCAAAUUACGACCCCAACAAAGACAGACACAACUUCGCGAAAGACGACCUGGGGAAUAAAUUCAAGAAGGGAGAUUACAAAGACCAAUUGAACCAAGCAGCCCACGGUGGUCCCAAAACCGAGGAAGAGAAACCGCAGGGGUAUUUAGAGAAAGUGGCUUCGUAUAUCCCGGGUAUCAGUUCCUUGCAGCAGCACGCGUAUGAACAGGGUCCGGAAGAGGAUACGUCGAGUAAGACGCCGCCGGGACCGCCGAAUAGACCGGAUCAUGAUGUGCAGGUUGAGGAGUUUUUGAGGAAGCAGUAUUCUAGUAGUAGUGGUACUGGGAUACCAGAACCGAAGGGUUCGAGUUAG